AUGGAGUCCCUCUGGAGGCUGAAGCGGUUCGAUGCGUUUCCAAAGACCUUGGAGGAUUUCCGAGUCAAGACCUGCGGGGGCGCGCUCGUGACAGUAAUCAGUGGACUCAUCAUGCUGUUACUUUUCUUCUCAGAACUCCAGUAUUAUCUCACAAAGGAGGUUCAUCCAGAAUUAUAUGUCGACAAAUCAAGAGGAGAUAAGCUCCGGAUAAACAUAGAUGUUGCUUUUCCACAUAUGCCAUGUGCUUAUCUGAGCAUUGAUGCAAUGGAUGUUGCUGGAGAACAGCAGCUAGAUGUUGAACACAAUCUCUUCAAACAGCGCUUGGAUAAAGAUGGCAAGCAUGUGACUCCAGAAGCAGAAAAACAUGAGCUAGGAAAAGAAGAGGAGAUACUGUUUGACCCCAACUCCUUAGAUCCUGAUCGUUGUGAAAGCUGUUACGGAGCUGAGUCUGAGGACAUCAAAUGCUGUAAUACUUGUGACGAUGUGAGAGAAGCAUAUAGGCGGCGAGGCUGGGCCUUCAAGAACCCCGACACCAUCGAACAGUGCAAGAGAGAAGGCUUCAGUCAGAAAAUGCAGGAGCAGAAAAAUGAGGGCUGCAAAGUAUAUGGGUUUCUAGAAGUCAACAAAGUAGCUGGCAAUUUUCAUUUUGCGCCAGGUAAAAGCUUCCAGCAGUCACACGUUCAUGUGCACGCUGUUGAGAUUCAUGAUCUGCAGAGCUUUGGACUUGAUAAUAUAAACAUGACACAUUUUAUCAAGCAUCUUUCCUUUGGGAUGGAUUAUCCUGGCAUUGUGAACCCGCUUGAUGGGACUGUUGUCGCAGCAGAGCAAGGUUCUAUGAUGUUUCAGUAUUUUGUAAAAGUGGUCCCAACAGUGUAUAUGAAGGUUGAUGGUGAGGUGGUGAGGACAAACCAGUUUUCAGUAACACGGCAUGAAAAAAUAGCGAAUGGCCUAAUUGGAGACCAAGGUUUACCUGGUGUAUUUGUGCUCUAUGAGCUUUCUCCCAUGAUGGUGAAACUAACUGAGAAACACAGGUCCUUUACACAUUUUCUCACUGGAGUCUGUGCUAUCAUUGGUGGAAUAUUUACAGUUGCUGGACUCAUUGACUCUUUGAUCUAUCAUUCAGCUCAGGUCAUUCAGAAGAAAAUAGAGCUUGGGAAGAUGACAUAGAUUGGUUUAAAGAACUUUAAGAAAUGAAACAGAAUCCCCUAAGACAAUGGCUCAUUUGAAUGUAUAAGGAGCAGAUGCCUGGACUCGUGAAGAGCCUCCGACAACAGUUCCAGGCUUGGCUUCAUUCUUUUUUUGGGCAUUAAUUCAUGGUUGGGAGAAGUAA